AUGAAGUUUGCGUCCGCGCUUUUGUCCUUCUCGCCUGCGUUUUGCUGGCCUCGAGGUCGCCACCGCUAUGCCAGUGGUUCAAGCGAGAAGCGGUUUCCUGUGACCCAGUCAACCUCCGAGGUCGAGAGGUAUUGGCAUGACAUUGGUUAUGCAACCGAUACGCAGCAACUGUUCACGUACUAUCAAGCUUUCCACCAUCUCCAAUACUUCGCGAAUGUUAUUCUGACUGACAUGUACGCGGUAGCUCGCGCGGAUGAGGCCAGUGAGAAGUUCAACCUCGACAAACGUUGCGGGGCGAGUGAGACCUCUGCGCUCGGUAUACGUUGUGUCACCGCAUAUGGCAUCGGGGAUGAUGAAGACCUUGAGGCGCGUGCGAACCUUGACGUCGAGGAGCGCGCAUUUCUACGGAACAUGUUUGACUCGCAGAACCUCGCUCCAUAG